AUGGGAAAUUAUUGUCAUUCAGAGGAGACUCCUAAAUCUGAAAUUCCAACUCCCAGAACUCAAAGUAAAGGAAAACUUGUUUUUCAAAAUUUAAUUUUGACAAAUACUUAAUUUUUAAAGUAAUGCAAGGACUCGUAUUUCGUAUAAUUCCACAAAAACAUUGUUGAAAAAGACAUCGAGUCACUAUCAAAAUUUAUGAGUUAAAAAAUGUUGGAUGUGUCUAUCAAAGGACCUUAUCCAACUGAAGAUGAAAAACUAAUCAUUUCGAAGAAUAUUUCUAAAGACCUCGGACAAAGAGAAAAACAUCUUUAUAAUCAACUCGUCUUCCAUUAUAUAUAAUUCUUAAAUGAGCUCUUUGAUUUGGAUUAAACCUUUUAGAUAAAUACCAAAUCAAACUACAUUGCAGGAGAUGUCAGAGUAAACGCUCAAUUAAUUAGGAAUACAUUUGUCAAACGUAGUUUGUCAGAUAAUCUUAGAUUCCAAGAACAAAUAAUAUCUGAUUAAAGCAUUCCACAUAAUACAUAAAUCGAUUAAAACAUAAGCAAAUAAUUUCGAGAAAGUAAACAAUUGGCAAAUUUGGUUUUGGAGCAACUAAGUUGCAUUUUCAAAUUAUGCUAUUUAAUAAUCGAAUAUGUGUAUUCAAAUUACAUCCUAUCGAUUUUUGGCACUUCAAUUGAUUCAUUUACAGAUCGUUACCUGUUGAUAUCAAAAAUUUAUUAGAAAAAUAUUAUAGAGUUAAAUCCAGAAAUUUAGAAAUUGAUCACUUCUGCAAUUCAGGCAAAAUAUGAGAACAAAUCAUCCUUAAUUAAAUCUGAACACAUGUCUCCAGCACUUUUAUAGCCUUCAUUAAUUCCUCAAACAAUUGAUAGCAUUAUAAGUCGAGAAUCUGAGAUUGAUUUGUUAGAUGAGAUAAACAUGAAGAAUUAAUAAUCAGAUUAGCAAAUGCAGAAUAGAUUUUAUUACUCUUAAACCUUCUCUACAAUCGACAAGAUCAUCAAUUGCAAAUUGCCUUGGUUAAAGUUUUCUUUAAUAGGGAAGUUGGAUCAAUAAAUAGUGGAUAUUUUCCUAUAAUACCGAUCACAAAGCCAAAUAGCUCAUUUCAUUGAUGUAAUUAAACCCGAAGAUUCAAAAAUUGAAGUUCUACUUUAUAUCCUGUAGAGAUAUAUGUCUUCGCGAAGGAAUUUGAAUUUGUCUCUUUGCUAUUAUGAAUUAAGAUGGAUGCAGGAGGAUGACAAUGUUUUACAUCACAAAGUCAAGACUAUAACUUGCCCUUACUUCAGUAGAUUUUUAUCCUUAUAUGAAAUUUCUUUUAAAAAUUAUCAAAGAAAAUAAGCCCAACUUUUAUAUAAUUGA